ACAUAGUUUGGGUAGCUUAUUGGGUACACAAAGCUUUGCUCAAACUCCAAUAGCCGAAGUAACCACCGGAAACUAAACCCUAGAUUAUAUCUAUCGAUCGAUUGAAUAAGGCAUGAUUGUUGAGAUUGCGAUCAAAUAGAGUGGGCGAAUGCUUCCACCCUCUCACGAGAUCGCAGGCGAAAAUGGCUACACCUUUUCUAGCAGGACUUGCAGUUGCUGCAGCUGCUCUCGCUGGUAGGCGUGGUAUCCAGGCUUGGCAUGCAUACAAGGCAAGCCCAGCCGUUCCUCGGAUGCGCAAGUUUUAUGAAGGUGGGUUCCAGCCUGUUAUGACUAGAAGGGAAGCUGCUCUUAUCCUUGGGGUCAGAGAAAGUGUUCCUCCAGACAAAGUAAAAGAAGCUCACAAAAGGGUGAUGGUUGCCAAUCAUCCUGAUGCAGGGGGAAGCCACUAUCUUGCCUCAAAAAUUAAUGAAGCAAAAGACAUUCUACUUGGGAAGACCAAAGGUGGUGGAUCUGCAUUUUGAUUACCUUCAUUUGUAAAACUUUUAACUAUGAGAAGAGAUGAUGGUGGAUAAUUAAAUCCAUAAGAUGUCAAAUUUUGAUUAAAUCAUAGCUGUAGCUCUAAGUGGCAUGAUGCUCGGUAUAAAUUCUUUGCAACAUAAUGUUUUUGCCAUAGUUAAUGUACAACUACUCCAUUCAAGCAAUACUUCGAAUGUGAGUUCAUGGAAGAUUGUUUUGUUGCUCAUGAAUUAAAUUGCAUUAUGGUAUUUGAAAAA